AUGAAGUUCGUCGCCGCCAUCGCCGUGCUCGUCGCCGCCGCCGGCGUCUCCGCGCAGGACGGCAACUGCGAGGCCGAGUACAUCGUCAGCCGCUGCCUCAAGACCGAGACCGACAAGGUCACCGCCUGCGUCCAGACCGACUUCGAGUGUCUCUGCGCCGCCUACCAGGCCGUCGCCACCUGCUACAACAACUGCCCCAACGAUGCCCGAGCCCCUUCCGCUCAGGUCCAGGUCAGCGCCUACUGCCGCUACGUCAACACCACCACCAGCUCCGCCGCCGUCAGCGCCGCCACCUCUGCUGCUGCUGCCGCCUCCUCUUCCUCGGCCGGGAUCGCGACCAAGCUCAACGCGCCGGCGCCGUCGACCACCACCGGCUUCGUCUCCGGCAGCGCGACCCCGUCGGCCGGCGGCGUCGCGCCGCGCGCGGGCUGGUGGCUGGCAUCGCCGGCGCCAUGGCCUUGCUGUGAAAUAUGA